AUGCAAAGAAGUAAACGGGACAUCCUGGAGAGACUGAAUGCAGGGGAGCUGAUAGUUGGUGAUGGUGGGAUGGUGCUACAGCUGGAGAGACGGGGUUAUGUGAAGGCUGGACAAUGGACUCCAGAAGCAGCUGUGGAACAUCCAGAAGCAGUGCGGCAGCUGCACAGAGAGUUCCUCAGGGCUGGGGCUGAUGUGCUUCAAACAUUUACCUUUUACUGCAGCGAAGACAAACUGGAGCUGAGUGGAAAUGUCACCAACAUCACUGGUGCUCAGAUAAAUGAGGCAGCCUGUGACUUGGCCAGAGCGGUGGCUGAUGAGGGCGAUGCUCUUGUGGCUGGCUGUGUGUCUCAAACUCCCUGUUAUCUGGAGAAUCGCAGCGAGGCUGUGGUCAAGUCUCUGUUUAAGAAACAGAUGCAAGAAUUUCUUAAAAAAGAUAUUGACUUCUUCAUAGCUGAGUUCUUCAGAUAUGCAGAGGAAGCUGCUUGGGCCGUAGAGGUCCUGAAGACCAGUGGUAAAACAGUGGGGGCCACAAUGUGCAUCUCUCCUCAUGGGGACAUGGACGGAUUACCUCCUGGAGACUGUGCCGUCCGCCUGGUCAAAGCAGGAGCUGAUAUUGUUGGAGUGAACUGUCACUUGGACCCGACGGCCUGUAUCCAAACAGUGAAGCUGAUGAGAGAGGGGCUGAACCAGGCAGGGCUCAAAGCCCACCUCAUGAUCCAGCCUCUGGGGUGUCACACUCCUGAAUGUAAUCUGACCGGCUACAUCAGUUUGCCAGAGUACCCUUUUGCGCUGGAGUGCAGGACGCUGACUCGCUGGGACGUGCACAAAUACGCCAGAGAGGCAUACGAGGCUGGGAUCCGUUAUAUUGGAGGCUGUUGUGGCUUUGAGGCGUAUCACAUCAGAGCCAUAUCAGAGGAGCUGCGGACGGAGAGAGGCUUUCUCCCACCUGCAUCAGACAAACAUGGCCUGUGGGGGGCAGCACUGGACAUGCACACCAAACCCUGGGUCAGGGCCAGGGCUUGUAGAGAAUAUUGGGAACAUCUUCUACCUGCGUCUGGGAGACCCAAAUGUCCAUCCAUGGCCAAACCAGCAGACGAAUGA